AAACUCUCCAUUUCAUUCAUUCAGACCCAAGGGAAGGAACUGGGAAGCAGUGAGAGUAGCGGGUCAGCGCCCCCUCAUGCUGGGGAACCAUUAUCUGAUCUGGGACAGAUUAAUAAAAGGGGGCGACAAUUCCAGAGGGUGAAACAUUGUGCCCUGUACCCACAGUGCCAACCUCCCAACGUCUGACAAGAUGACUUCUGCAAUGAAGGUCUAUUACAGUCAGACCACCCAAACAGAUAGUCGUCCUCUAAUUGGCUCAAGCUUGAGAAGGAGGAGAGUCAUGACCAAAGAUGGGAGGAGCAAUGUCCGCAUGGACCACAUCACAGACAAAGGGUUCCUCUACCUCAAGGACUUGUGGACAACAUUCAUUGACAUGCAGUGGAGGUACAAGCUGCUCCUGUUCUCCGCAACCUUUGCUGGGACAUGGUUUAUUUUUGGGGUCAUUUGGUACUUGGUGGCUCUGGUGCAUGGUGACCUCUUAGAAUUUAAUGCUCCGGCCAACCACACCCCAUGUGUCAUGCAAGUGCACACGCUCACCGGCGCUUUCCUCUUCUCAUUGGAAUCGCAGACAACUAUAGGCUACGGAUUCCGCUACAUCAGCGAGGAAUGUCCCUAUGCCAUUGUCCUCCUCAUUACUCAGCUGGUCCUCACCACCAUCAUGGAGAUCUUUAUCACAGGAACAUUCUUGGCCAAAAUUGCCCGUCCCAAAAAAAGGGCAGAAACCAUCAAAUUCAGCCAGAAUGCAGUGGUGUCCCAGCAUGAGAGCAAAUUGUGCCUAAUGAUUCGGGUGGCCAAUAUGAGGAAGAGUCUGUUGAUUGGCUGCCAGGUGACAGGGAAGCUCUUGCAGACCCACCUCACUAAAGAAGGUGAGAAUGUCCAUCUCAAUCAGAUCAAUGUGAACUUCCAGGUGGACACUUCCUCAGACAGCCCCUUUCUCAUCCUGCCACUCACCUUCUACCACAUUAUUGAUGAGUCCAGCCCCCUAAGGGAUGUGGCCCUUCGCUCAGGAGAAGGGGACUUUGAGCUGGUAGUGAUUCUCAGUGGCACCGUGGAACCAACUAGUGCCACUUGCCAAGUGCGGACAUCAUACCUCCCCGAGGAGAUCUUGUGGGGUUAUGAGUUCAGCCCAGUGAUUUCAGUCUCCUCCAAUGGGAAAUAUGUGGCUGACUUUAGUCUGUUUGACCAAGUGCUGAAAGUGUCCCCUCCAUGCUGCAUCCAUGAGACAGUACGAUCUGGAGAUUCGGAGAAGCUCAAGCUGGAAGAAUCUUUUAGGGAUAAACCUCAGAAAGAUGGGAGCCCCCUCAGUGUGAGAAUCAGUAAUGUUUGACUUCCAGGAUUAGAUAAUAUAACUAUAAUUCUUUCCUCUACAGUAGGUACCUGGCACACCCCAUAAGGGGCCCAAUAACUCCUAGAAAAUGGUUAGGAAACCCACCACUUGAAUGUUCUAGUAGGUCACUGACCAUUCUCAUGCGUACUACAGAGGAAGGCUCUAUAUUACACUGGACAUUUAUUGUCUUUAGGUUUGGGGGAGGGUGUCUUUUUUGCCUUGAACCCUUUUAUUUAAUGGAACUGGUGGACAUCACUGUGUGGACUAGAGGCACUACAACAGACAACAAGAAUGUAUUGAUUCUUUUACUGAGAUCCAAAUUCCACAAUACCCCAUCAUCCCCUGGACUCCGAAUAGCACCAAUAAUUUUGCUUCUUCACCAGACUGUUGAGCCAACUUUAUGCUUGGCAACUUUUCUAAACCCUAUGGCCUUCUUGCUCAAAAGCUUCCACAAGUGCCUGCUCCACUGAUGUAAAUGUAGGUGGGCUAAAACCCAAGGUAAAACCCAAGACGCUGAGGUUGUCAGGUUCACCCAAAUGCUAGUGACUGGAGUAGAGAGCCCCCCUUAUCUCAGCACAUGCUUAGAACCCCUCAACCCCAACCCUACAUGAAGGGCCUACCCAAUGGAGCCAAGGAACAUGGGUCAUUGCUACCAGUCAUGGGCAUUAAGAGGUAGGCAUGCUGCUAGAACCAGUCUUGUUUUGCUGAACAUGAGAGGGGGGCACAAAGGCCUUAAUCAGGACAAGAGACUUGACCAGAGGACAUUUCUCCCUACCAUGUAGUACAUCUCACUGGAUGAUAAGAGCUGGGGAACCAGUAACAUUAGUGAUUUCUAUGAUACAUUUUGUACUUACGCUGCACCCUAAAUAACAGAAAUAUAUAUAUAUAUAUAUAUA